AUGGCUACCAAUCUUACAUUCAAACAGUACUAUCUGCCGCAGAAGAAGGGCUUCGAUAGUCUCGUGGUCCGCGAAGUGCCCAAGGUUUCCCCAAAGUUCGGCCAGGUUCUUGUCCGCAUCAAAGCCGUGUCACUGAACUGGCGCGACGCAAUCAUUGCCAAAGGCACCUAUCCUUCCCCGGACCCGAUGCUCUUAGGCAUCACCGACGAAAUCGGCGAAGGCGUCACCGAAUGGAAAGUGGGCGACCGCGUCCUGGCCAAUUUCACGCAGGGCCACCUCGCCGGGCGACUGACCAAAGCAGGCCUCCUCUCGCAGCUCGGGGGUGAGAUCCAAGGCCUGCUUGGCGAGUACUUCAUGUUCCCUACGCUAGGGGUGGUCCGGAUCCCGGAUUACCUGAGCUUCGAGGAGGCGUCGUGCCUGCCCUGCGCCGCACUGACGGCCUGGAACGCGCUGUACGGGCUGGUACCCCUGCGCGCUGGGCAGACUGUCCUCCUACAGGGCACCCUGACCCUGCAGCAGUCGUUCGACGCGAUCGCAUUGCACGGGCUGAUUCACUGCAUCGGGCACAUUACCAACCCCGAUCCCCUGGGGAAGGGCAAGGAGUUGCGCGGUCCGGACGCAGCAUUCCUGGCGCUGGAUAGGGUUUGCAUCGUGCGGGGCGUGGUGGUGGGAUCGCGCGAGCAGCUGCAGGAGAUGCUCGCGUGCUUCGAGGCGCAUGCAAUCCGGCCGGUCAUUGACCAGGUUUUUGAGUUCGAACAGGCUAGGAUUGCCUAUGAGUAUCUGUGGAAUUCGAGUCAUACGGGGAAAGUGAAUUCGAGGAAGGAAUGGUUCCAAGCACGACCGAACGGGCUGUCUAACAUGCCGUUACAGAAAUGCAUCGAGAACACCUUCCCUGAAUGCGGAGCUUGCAUCCGCCUCAAUCACGAAUGUGUGAGAGAGCCCAAGCGUCAAAUUGCCCCUGACCCGCGGACUCACCCCGGUGAAUCGAACGCCGCGCCUUCCGUCCGAACAGUGGAUACAGUGCAUUUCUUCCACGAUUACCACCCUUUUACCAUCCGAGAGACAAAUCGAACGUCUAUGAGGCAGUACGCGAUGAAGUACUACAUCAACAUUAUGACCCAGAUGUUAACAGUCAGCCAGCAGUACAACUCCUUUCUUUCCGAAUUCGUCCCAAUGUCGAUCGUCUCGCCCGCUCUAUCGGGUGCAUUGAUCUCCUGGGCGUCAGGCCAUCUAGCUGCCGCAGCAGACGAGCGCUACCGCAUCACCGCCCUAGAAGCGCGAUCCACCGCCCUAGGCCACCUAGCCCUAGCUCUGUCCACUCCCUCACAGGACGACAAUGUCUGCACCCACGCAGCCACCUGCCUUGUCCUUCUGACUUCGGAGCAUUAUCCUCUCUGCCACCGCCACCACCACCUUCGCUGGAGGCGGUUCGAGAAUAUCGCGCUGGCCCGGCCAUACUGGAGGAAGUGUGGGAGCGUCGUCUGA